GACUCUAUGGAUUUACUAAUUCCUUUCCCUCUAUUUUUUUUAAUCUUUUGCCACCAAGGAGUCCCCAGCCCCAGAUGUCAGGGGGGCUGAAACUUCAGCUCUCUGGAGGAAACGUUGCAGAUGAGGAAAAGCAGCUGAAGGACCAGCUCUGGUAAAUAGGAUCUUCUGCCUUUUGGAAAAUGCAUUUGCUACACUCCUUGGCAAGCCCUUCAGAAGGAACAGUAUGUGUUAGCUCCCAGAGAUGAACACGUCCUCUCAAUUCUAUGUUUCUGAACUAAACCUGAGUGCCUUUGGUAGCAACUUUACUGUGCCUACUGCAAAGAGCAAGUCAUCACCAUGUGAGCAAGUGGUCAUCGCAGCUGAGGUGUUCCUAACUCUGGGCAUUGUAAGCCUCCUUGAAAACAUACUAGUUAUAUGUGCAAUAGUUAAGAACAAGAACUUGCACUCACCCAUGUAUUUUUUUGUUUGCAGUUUAGCAGUGGCUGACAUGCUGGUUAGUGUGUCUAAUGCUUGGGAGACAAUAACCAUAUACUUAAUAAACAAUAGACACAUCGUUAUGGAAGAUGCCUUUGUCCGUCAUAUAGACAAUGUCUUUGAUUCCAUGAUCUGCAUAUCUGUGGUGGCUUCCAUGUUCAGUUUGCUGGCUAUAGCAGUAGACAGAUAUAUCACUAUCUUCUAUGCCCUGCGUUAUCACAACAUCAUGACAGUGAAAAGGUCGGGGCUCAUUAUUGCAUGCAUCUGGACCUUUUGCACAGGCUGUGGCAUUAUCUUCAUUCUUUAUUAUGAAUCAACUUACGUGGUCAUUUGUCUCAUCACUAUGUUUUUUACCAUGUUGUUCCUCAUGGUCUCACUGUACAUCCAUAUGUUCCUCCUGGCUCGUACUCAUGUGAAGAAAAUCGCUGCUUUGCCUGGGUACAACUCUGUCCGUCAAAGAACCAGCAUGAAAGGAGCCAUCACUCUGACUAUGCUUCUUGGCAUCUUCAUUGUUUGCUGGGCUCCAUUCUUCCUUCAUCUCAUCCUGAUGAUCUCCUGCCCUCAAAACCUCUACUGUGUUUGCUUCAUGUCUCACUUCAACAUGUACCUCAUUCUCAUUAUGUGCAACUCGGUGAUCGACCCCUUGAUCUACGCCUUUCGCAGCCAGGAAAUGAGGAAGACCUUCAAAGAGAUAAUUUGUUGCUAUAGCUUGAGAAUGCUCUGUGGGUUAUCAAACAAGUAUUAAGAUAAC